AUGGAAGUUACUGGAAUCACCUUCAAGAAGACUAUUAACUUUAUCAAUCGACUGUACUUCACAGUUGGAUAUCCACCAUGUCAGGAGAGAAAUCCUCCGACUUUCUUCAAAUAUCUGGCAAGGAACAUCUGGUUUAUUAUCGCCUAUGCCUGGAUCUUUUCCGUUGCGUGGGCUCAGUUUCUUUUCGUUGGUGUCCGUCCACUGGAGGCCAACAUUUGGGAAUACAUCGUUCAAGAAGUCACUGUUGGCUAUUGCUUCAUCGGCCUCACGAAGAUGAUGAUGCUGGCUAAGAGACGAAAUGCUUUGGCUAGUCUUUUGCAAAAUUAUCGCGCCAUCUGGCCAUCUAAAGUGCAAUCGGAAGCCGAGAAAGACGUUCUCGAGUCAUACAUGCAGUACAAUACCUUCUUCGCUCUCUGGUUUUCCAUCCUCUCAGUCAUCAUGGGUUACUUCUGGAAUUUGGUUCCUCUCGCCGAAAUGGCUUUCGUGUGGAUAACCAAAGGCAUGGAAAUUCGCCAACUGCCAUUUAAUAUUUGGCUGCCCUUUGACAUUUUCGGAACGGCCUAUCCUUACGUUUAUGGCUAUCUCUUGUACUCAGCUCAUGUCGUUGUAGUUUAUCACAUCGCCUUCGAUUCUCUCUUCUGCAUCAGUGUCUCUCAUCUCUGCAUGCACUACAGACUCCUGCAAGAGGACAUCAAAGUGGCUGCGAGAGUGACUGAGAAUGGAGAAUUUGUCUCUGAAGAAAGUGAGAUCUACCUCCGGAACUGCAUAGAGAAGCAACAAUCCUUGGCGAAGUUUCGAGAUGAUCUGGCCAACAUCUUCACAGAUGUAAUUUUUGUCAACUUCUUCGUGAGUUCUAUUAACAUUUGUUCAGUGGGAUUCCUUAUGGCCACCAAUCCGAUCUAUCACGCAAUCAAGUUUUUCAUGCUCUUCAUCUGUUACCUAAUUGAACUAUUUCUCUUCUGCUGGUUUGGACAAGAACUUAUUGACAAUAGCAUGAAAGUUGCAGAUUCAGCAUUUGAAUGCAAAUGGUAUUCUUCCUCCCAAAAAUUUAAAAAGAUGAUUACCUAUAUCAUUCAUCGAAGUCAAAAUCCACAAGUUCUUAACGCUCUGAAAUUCUGGGAAAUUAGUCUCAAGACUUUCACAAAGAUUCUAAGUGCGUCAUGGUCGUACUUCGCUCUGCUAAAUACAGCUCUUGGAGAACUUCCUUACAUGAAGCACGAAGGAGGAAUUUGA